CCUCGUUACCCACAACGCAUUGCUUCGCUUCCGCCUCGUUGCCCACAGCGCCCCGCGCGGAGCGGAAGUGACGCACCGGAAGCGGAAAUGGAGCCUCCCACGGCGGAGGAGCUGCGGCUGCGGCUGCAGGAGCGGCUCCAGGCCGAGCACGUGGAGGUGCAGGACUGCCCCCAGCUGUGCCGGGGCAGCUUCCGCGUCUGCGUCGUUUCCGGAAUUUUCCGCGGCCUCAAAACCCUGCAGAGGCACCGGCUGGUUAACGAGGCGCUGAAGGAGGAGCUGGGCCGCAUCCACGCCCUGGAGCAGCGCACGCUCACCCCCGAGCAGUGGGAGGCGGAGCGCGGCUCAUUAGCAUAAAUCUGCAUGCCCGCCCCCGCCGCCCCCGCCUCAUUUCCAUGGAUUUGCAUAAAUCCCCGCGGCCCGGCUCUGAUUGGUGGAGGCCACGCCCCCUUUAGGGCCUGAAAUGGGGGGCGGAGGUGGCGGUAAUUUGCAUAAAUUUGCAUUAAAACGGCAAUAAACAUUCCUCAUUUGCA